AUGAAGGCCGUCGCUCUGUCCACAGUUGUCUUCGCGACUUCUGUCGCUGCUGUCAACAUUACCUCUUGCGCUCAAAUGUGCUACAACAACGUCGUCGGUCUAGCUUCGUCAUUGGGCUGCGAGGCCAACGACUUGGCCUGUCUCUGUAACAACCAGGACUUCAACUACGGUAUCCACGAUUGCACUGUUGAGGCUUGCCCCGACGACAACGUGCAAGAUGUCCAGUCAUAUGCGGCAUCUAUUUGCGCAUCUGCCGCUGCAUCAUCUGGAUCCGGGUCUACCACCCGACCUGCUACUACUACAGGAACCGACUCCUCAGGCACUGGAUCAGGCACAGCUUCAGGCACAGGUGCUAGCGAGACCGGUGCUAGCUCAACUCCUUACACCACGGAAGAAGUUUUGACGACCUUCACCUCUGGAUCUAGUACUAUCACUAGCACCGUCGGAAGCUCCACCCUGUACAGUUCUGUCUCUGGAACAGGUGCCACCGCCACUGGCGCUUCAUCCAGCCCAUACACCACUGAACCUGUAGAGACAACGAUUUCUUCUGGCUCUUCAACAUCCACCAGCACAAUUGGCAGCACCACUCUUUAUACCGCCGUCAGUGGAUCAGGUACUUUAACAACCGGUUCUGCUGCCAGUGCUGAAGGUACCACCACUCAUACUGGAACUGCAGGUAGUGCAACAACUGCUCCUAGUACUGGCGGCGGUAGCUCGGCUACCUCCCUUGCAUCAGGCGCAACUGCCAGCAGCAGUACAUCCCACGGCGCGGCAGCUGCAAUGGCCACUGUUGGUAGCGGCGUUGCCGGUGCAGUUGGUAUUGCUGCUCUCCUCGUUCUUUAA